UCAUUUAUACAAUCACAAAGAGAGAUAGAGAGAGAGAUUGAGAGCAGGUUUGAAAUGGACUUCUUCAGGAAACUGAGUUUCAUGGUGUUUCUUCUCUGCGUUUUGAUCUCUCUGAAGAGAGAAAACGCCGAAACGAAGAAGAAUCCUAUGGCUGUAACACAGUUUAUUUCUGAUACUCCAAUGAUCGAUGAAGAACCACCGACUUCUUCCAUUAAUUUCAUUUCCUCUAAGCCUAUGACCUUGGAAUCUGGAUCGCUGGAAUACGAUUUCUACCGUGAAUCCUGUCCUCUUGCCGAGAAGAUCAUUCGUGCUGGUGUCCAGAAUCUCAACGCUGAAAGAUCUGGUGUUGCUCCAGCUCUAUUGCGAUUAGUGUUUCACGACUGUUUUGUUGAGGGAUGUGAUGCAUCUGUUUUGUUGGAUCCUUCAGAUGGAAUCGAAAGUGAGAAAGAGUCACCGCCGAAUGAAUCAUUGAAAGGAUUUGAUGUGAUUGACAUAAUCAAAUCUGAAGUUGAAGAAGCUUGUCCAGGAGUGGUUUCUUGUGCUGAUAUUCUUGUUUUGUCUGCAAGAGAAAGUGUAGUCUUAUCAGGAGGACCAUUCUAUCCUCUGCAAACGGGAAGAAGAGAUAGUUUAUUGUCUUUCGCAGAUAUUGCAACUUUCGAGCUUCCUAGACCUCAAGAUGAUCUUCCAAAAGCUGUUGCAACAUUUGCAUCUAGAGGAUUUGAUGAACGAGAAACUGUCAGCCUCUUAGGUGAAUAUUCAUUAAUUUUUAUAUCUAUAGUCUAUACUAAUAUUUGUAUGCAAAGGACACUUUCUUUGAGAUUGUUUGUUAUAUGUGAAGGGUCUCACAGCAUUGGAAGAAUCCACUGUAGUUUCUUCCUCGAUAGACUCUUCAACUUUCAAGGAACCAAUACAUCUGAUCCAUCUGUGAAUCCUGAGUUCCUCAAUAUAUUGAAAACAACAUGCAAUGGCAGCCACAACCAAAACAUUCACCACAACUCAUUCACUUCAACUCCUUCAUUGGCACCAUCAGCUGAAAGUGCUUCUCCCCCAGUAGAACAGCAAAUGUUUGUGGGUGGCUCAAGUUCACCUUCUCCAUCAAUGAUGGAUGCAGUGAUGUCGAUGGAAUACGAAAGCCAUAAAAUGGGAUUUGGGACACAAUAUUACCGCAGGCUACUGCAAGGAAGAGGUAUCCUGUUUGUUGAUCAGCAGCUAACAGCAGGAGAAGAAACUGAGACUUGGGUAAGAGCAUAUGCUUCUGAUGUAUCCCUUUUCAGGAAGGACUUUGCUCAAGCAAUGAUGAAGCUAUCAAAUCUUAGGGUAUUGACUGCAUCAAUGGGCCAGAUAAGGACUAAUUGCUCAAAGGUUAAGUGAAACUUCUUUGCUUUUACCCAUUCAUUCCUCAUCAUUUAGUGGUGUAAUGAUCUUAGCCUGCCUAGUUUAGGUGCAUGUAGUUGUGAUCCUUUCUAA